AUGCCGGGCUCCUCGCGAAUGCCCAUAAGCCUCCGGGAGAGCUUCGAUAGCAUCAAGAAGAACCGGCCCAAGAACCCAUGGUCCGUUGUGAACCUGGACUUACUCCGAAACAUUGUCUUCUUCUUUUUCGUCCUCCGCCUCCUCCGGCGCUCCUUCUGGCAGCUCAAGGGCCGCGGCCUGAUCGGUACCGUCGCCGAACUCUACACGGACGCCCGGCGCAUCCUCUACGGCUACUUUUUGCGGCUCCCGGGCGUGCGCACGCAGGUGCGCAAGCAGGUCGACGAUGCCCUGACCAAGAUGUCGGGCAAGCUGGUGCCCGCCAACGGCACGCGCCACCUCAGCUUGCCCCGGGAAGCCUGGACUGACGAGGCCGUCCGCACCGAGCUCGAGGCCCUGGCCACCAUGGACCACACGCGCUGGGAGGACGGCUACGUGAGCGGUGCCGUCUACCACGGCGAGGACGACCUGAUCAAGCUGCAGACCGAGGCCUAUGGCCGCUUCACCGUGGCCAACCCCAUCCACCCCGACGUCUUUCCCGGCGUGCGCAAGAUGGAGGCCGAGGUUGUGGCCAUGGUGCUGUCCAUGUUCAAUGCCCCGUCGACAGCCGCUGGCGUGUCAACAGCCGGUGGUACUGAGAGUAUUCUCAUGGCUUGUUUGAGCGCACGGAAUAAGGCCUAUGCUGAACGGGGCGUUACUGAGCCGGAAAUGAUCCUCCCCGAGACUGCCCACACGGCUUUCCGCAAGGCCGGCGAGUACUUCAAAAUCAAGGUCCACCUUGUCCCUUGUCCCGCGCCUCUACACCAGGUUGACGUGCACCGCGUAUCUCGGCUGGUCAACAGCAACACGGUUUUGCUUGUCGGCUCGGCGCCCAACUUCCCCCACGGCAUCAUUGACGAUAUUGCAGCGCUGUCCAAGCUGGCCGUACGCCGCCGUAUCCCCCUGCACGUCGACUGUUGUCUUGGCUCGUUUCUGGUACCCUUCCUCGAAAAGGCCGGCUUCGAGACCCAACUCUUUGAUUUCCGCCUCAAGGGCGUCACAUCCAUCUCUUGCGAUACCCACAAGUAUGGUUUCGCCCCCAAGGGCAACUCGACCGUGCUCUACCGCACCGCCGAGCUGCGGACGUACCAGUACUUUGUCAGCCCCGACUGGUCCGGCGGCGUCUACGCCUCGCCCGGCAUCGCAGGAUCCCGUCCCGGCGCUCUCAUUGCCGGGUGCUGGGCCAGCAUGAUGCGCGUCGGCGAGCCGGGCUACGUCGACGCCUGCAGCAAGAUUGUCGGCACAGCCAAGAAGAUUGCCGAGCACAUUACCACGGCGCCGCCGCUCUCGGCCGAGCUCGAGAUCAUUGGCCGCCCCCUCGUCAGCGUCGUGGCCUUUACGGCGCGCAACCUCAACAUUUACGACAUUGCCGACGGCAUGUCCUCAAAAGGCUGGCACUUGAAUGCGCUGCAGAACCCGCCCGCCAUCCACGUUGCCGUCACCAUGCCCAUUGCCAAGGUGUGGGAGAAGCUCGUGGCCGAUCUCGAGGCCGUCAUCGAGGCCGAGCGCGAAAAGGAGCGCGUCCGCGCCGUCGAGGGCAAAGGCACCCGCGGCAAGGCCAUGGGCGACAGUGCUGCGCUCUACGGUGUUGCAGGCAGUCUGCCCAACAAAAAGAUUGUGGUGGAUUUGGCCAAUGGAUUCCUCGAUUUGUUGUACAAGGCUUAA